CUGCCUUUUAACGAGAUGUCCAGCCAGGUGGGAGUCGGUGGUCCCAUAAACUUGAUGAGCAGUCCCUUCGGAGACCCAGAGAGGCCCCACACUGCAACCCAAAAAGGCAGAAUUGUGCCCGGUGAAGCUAAAGGAAGCCAAAUUCUACUUCUCAUGAGGAAGAAAGGUAGCAAGAUUCCCAUCUCCAGAGGAGUUCAAGCAGAAGUCAGCUCUGGCCACCGCGCUCCCACUCUGCCCAGACUCUGCACCCAUAUCUGGCAGCCACAUCCUGCCGCAGACCAGAGGCGCCAAAAACCAGAUCAGCCACCCAGACCAGAGCCACAGGAACUAGGUCCCCUCAGUGGGGAUACAGCCCCAGCCGUCCAGCUCUGCGCAUCUGAGGAGGCUGAGGAGUACCAGAAGGAGAUAACCAGAAUUCUCCUGCAACACGAAGAGGACAGGAAGAAAUGGGCACAACAGGCGGAGGAGGACAGGAAGCUAGAGCUUGGAGAGAAGCUAGAUGAACAGAGAAGAGUCCUGGAAAGAGAGCAUGAGGAGACCCUGCAAGUCCUCCGGGCCUCGCAUGAGCAGGAGAAGGAAGCCCUUACCCACUCCUUUCAGGAGGCCAAGGCGACCCUGCAGGAGACCAUCGAUGGACUGUCCUCACAGCUGGAGGUCUUCCAGGCCAAGAUGAAGAGGGUAGAAGAGUCCAUUUUGAGCCGAGACUAUAAGAAACACAUCCAGGAUUAUGGGAGCCCCAGCCAGUUCUGGGAGCAGGAGCUGGAGAGUUUACACUUUGUCAUCGAGAUGAAGAACGAGCGUAUUCACGAGCUGGACAAGCGGCUGAUCCUCAUGGAAACGGUGAAAGAAAAAAAUCUGAUGUUGGAGGAAAAAAUCUCCACCCUGCAGCAGGAGAACGAGGACCUCCAUGUCCGGGCCCGCAACCAGAUGGUUCUGUCAAGACAGCUCUCGGAGGACCUGCUUCUCGCCCGCGAGGCCCUGGAGAAGGAGUCCCAGUUGCGACAACAGCUCCAGCAGGAGAAGGAGGAGCUACUGUACCGGGUUCUCGGGACCGACGCCUCCCCUGCCUUCCCCCUGGCCUCUGUCACCCCCACGGAGGUCUCCUUCCUCGCCAGCUAGGGCCCGGGGCCUGGGCCCUCCAUGACGCCUGUGGUCAUGGCUCCCUCUUGAGGACUUACUGAAGAAGACAAGCAGGAGCCUCUCGUCUUGUCCCAGGAAGGGGGGAGGGCAGGAGUGAGGUGGGAGCCAGGGUGUGUGCCCUGAGGCCUGGGGGCCUGGGCCAUGCAGGAUCACCCAUGGGGUGAUGGAAGGCCCCAGAUGCGCCUUCCUUGGAGUUGGCCCCGGGGAACAAGCAAAAGGAGUCCUUCCGUCCCUCCCUAUUCUCUCUGUUCAAAUCAGGGAAGUCCUGACCUUUUUCCAGGGGAAGUGCUGCUGAGGUCAUCUGACAAAGAGACAAGCCCCCUGGUCCUGACUUGGUAGCUUACCCCGGAUGUUCUCGCCUCUGCUCAGACCCUCCCUUAGCCUCAGUUUACCUGUCCUCUAAAACAGGCAGGGGACCUGAGCAAAUGAUACUUGAGUCUCUACAAUGUCCCAUUCUAGGUUUGUUUGAAGGUCAGACAGGGGGCUGGGGACAGGGAACUUUGAAGUGGGCCAGACCCUGGGAAUCAACAGCGAAUGGUAGGCAGCUGGAAAGGGGGUUGCUGGAGGCCCAUCGGGCUGGCGGUGCCAGGGCCCGAACCAGCCAAAGCAGGGGCUCGACAUGACCUGGGGUAAGCCGCUGCUUCUGGUCCCAGAGUCUGGUCAGCCCAGGGGAUAAGCCAGAGAUCCUCCUCCCUGACCAGGCAAGGCUCACCCCUCAGCCCUCCAGGUCUCUCUGUCUCAGGGCCACCUCGUGGGUCUGGAGACACCUAGCGGCCAGAGCUAGAACCUCAUCCCUAGAGAGAUGAGGAAACCACACGGGGAGUGGAGCCCACAAAGCCAGGACCAGGACCUCGGCUGUCAUCCCGCUUUUAGCUCGCUGUGCUUGUUUUUCUCCUCAGGCUCUGGAAAAAUCAGACGUGUGACUUCCCUUCUCCUCCUUCCUCUACCUGCCCCCCCCAACCCCCCCCCCCCCCCCGCCGCCGACUUCUGGUUUCUCUCUUCCUCCUGCUCCCUACCUUUACUCCUUCUACCACGCCUGAUGCCAGAUGCCAGGACCCCAGAGCCUGGCCCUCAGCUUCCCCAUCAGUGCAGAGGGGUGGCUGGAGAAACCAGCCUUGGCAGGCCUGUGCAGCCCAGACUGUCUGUGGAUUUAAUAUUCUUCUCAGGAAGCUUCAGGUCAGCUGGACACUGUACAGAGAACCUCUCCCCUGCACAGAGCAUUUUAAUUCAGUGCUCUCACAUACACUCCCUCCUGUCAGCUACCUAAGAUUCUCGAAGCCAGUUCUCAUCCCUCUUCAGCAGCAGAGCAAACUGAGAAUCACAGGAGCCGGAGGACCUUCCCUGAGAUUCCCUGGCUCCAGCCCCAGAUCCCAGACCAGCAAGUAAGAAAGGCUAGUCCAGUAGAACUGAAGUUAGCUCCAUCAACCCAGACCUGGUCUUCAGCCAUUUCUUGUUCUGGAAUUCAGAUGUGACUCUCUUUCUCCACUUCUCCCCUAGUAGGGCUAAGGGAGUGCUGAGCUGCUUCUCUGGCUGUGGGCAAACAGGUUAUAUAUCUGGGAGCCUUGGGAACAGCUCUCGAGUGAAGUACACAUGUACUUCAUGCAUCUUUCCCCAAAGUUUGUCUGGGAUACGCUAAUUCGUUGCACAUUAAUAGGCAUGACCAAGAAAAGAAUUGAUAGCCAAGUAAUCUGAGAAACUCUAGAUUCCAUCAAGUUAAACAGAUCUGCAAAGUGCAGGACUUCUCAGAACCCUCAAUGCACUAAUGUGAACUUCAAAUUUCCAAGAAGGAAGCAGAGUAUCCAGCAUUUUCUAAACUCCUUUGACCAACGUCCUACCCCAACCUAAGCACUUCAGGCUGCAGAAUGCACUUUAGAAAGCAUCGUUUUAAUUGAGAAGGGCUAGGCUGGAGAAGGGGCAAGUUGUGGGGAGCAGGGCUUCCCUCCUGUAGCCUUACGGCUGAGGCAGGGAGAUGAACUGUGGUCACGGCCUCACCCUGGGAAGAUAAGCCGUGGAAACCAUGGCAUUGUGUUUAUUUGGCCCCUGUGUUUUCCUGAGAGAGGAGGGGACUCCUCACUGAGGAACCAGGGUCCAUUGAGCAAUAUGUCCUGGGCCUGAGUGGCUUGUACCCCACUGACCCUAGCUCUGCCCAGCCUUGGAGUAGGGGCUGAUGUUGGAGGGAAGGCUGGCCGUCAGAACAGCUCAGGGUUUGGAGGGAGGCUGUGACAUUGAUGGAAGGCGUGGAAACAGUGAUAUGUGGGCAGAGUGUAUAAGGUGUGAGUGCAAAGGUUCUUUUUGCACUCUUUUGGGAGUAACAACUCCUUGGCAUCAAAAAUACCAAGGUUCACAUGGUUACCUACCCCUGUUUGGGCCCACUGCUCCACACCGGCACGCCUGCAGCUGGCGGGGGGGAGCUAGGAAGGAGCAGGGGAGACGUGAGGGCUUCUGGUCACACGGAUACAGAUGGUGGCAGUCCCUGUGCCCUAAAGGUUGUUGGGCUGGCAGGUGUAGAUGCCAGGGUCCCCGGCCCAGAGCCUCUUCCACAUACAGGGUGCUGCCUGCCUCCUGCUGCACCCGGCUUUCUCGGCGAACGACACUGGCCUA